CCCAGCGCACUGCCCUCCCUCCUGCCGGCCCGCACGCGCACUCUCCCCGCCGCUGCCCGCCCCCUUCUCACGCCCGGGACGCGCCUCCCUCCCUCCCGCAGUCCAGUCCCGCCGGCUCCGCUCUCCGCAGCCUCCUGCUCCCGCCAGGCCGGGUCAGAGCCGAGCAUGGAACCCGGGGAGCCCCGGGAGCCCCGCGAGCCCGGGCCGGGAGCAGAGACCGCCGCGGCCCCGCACUGGGAAGAAGCCAAGACUUUCUAUGACAACCUCGCGCCCCAGAAGAAACCCAAAUCGCCCAAGCCUCAGAAUGCCGUCACCAUUGCUGUGUCCUCCCGAGCCCUGUUCCGCAUGGACGAGGAGCAGCGGAUCUACACGGAGCAGGGCGUGGAGGAAUACGUGCGCUACCAGCUGGAGCACGAGAACGAGCCCUUCAGCCCUGGACCAGCCUUCCCCUUCGUGAAGGCUCUGGAGGCUGUGAACAGGCGGCUGCGGGAGCUGUACCCUGAGAGCGAGGACCUCUUCGACAUCGUCCUGGUGACCAACAACCAUGCUCAAGUGGGUGUCCGUCUCAUCAACAGCAUCAACCACUAUGACCUGUUCAUUGAGAGGUUCUGCAUGACAGGCGGCAACAGCCCCAUCUGCUACCUCAAGGCCUAUCACACCAACCUCUACCUGUCGGCUGAUGCAGAAAAAGUGCAGGAAGCCAUUGAUGAAGGGAUCGCAGCGGCCACCAUCUUCAGCCCCAGCAGGGAUGUGGCUGUGUCCCAGAGUCAGCUGCGUGUGGCCUUUGACGGGGACGCUGUGCUUUUCUCGGACGAGUCGGAGCGCAUCGUGAAGGCCCAUGGGCUGGACAGGUUCUUUGAGCAUGAGAAGGCCCACGAGAACAAGCCUUUGGCCCAGGGCCCCCUAAAGGGCUUCCUGGAGGCACUGGGGAGACUGCAAAAGAAGUUCUACUCCAAGGGCCUGCGACUGGAGUGUCCGAUCCGCACGUACUUGGUGACAGCGCGCAGUGCAGCCAGCUCGGGGGCCCGGGCUCUCAAGACCCUGCGCAGCUGGGGCCUGGAGACGGAUGAGGCCCUGUUCCUUGCAGGAGCACCCAAGGGUCCCCUUCUGGAGAAGAUCCGCCCGCAUAUCUUCUUUGAUGACCAGAUGUUCCACGUGGCUGGGGCUCAGGAGAUGGGCACGGUGGCCGCCCAUGUGCCUUACGGUGUGGCUCAGACAUCCCGGCGGACCUCACCUACGAAGCAGGCCCCCCCUGCACAGUAGCUGAGCCACCAGCCUCGCUGACCCACAGGCAUGGUUCCCAGUCCUACACGUCACCCGAUGGACCCUUCUGGUUCCUCACCUCCCCGCCCUUCUGCAUGUCUGCCCUCAUUCCUGGGAGUGAGGUACCUGGAGAAAACUGUGCAAACGGGGCCAGCAUCCUCACCAGCCCUCCUUUUAGGCAAACACUGUGCCAUGAUCCUGAUCUUACUCAGAAAGUGAGACUGUGCAGUGUAGCUGAGUUUCAGGGGGAAGUUGAUGAGACUGAGGGUGGGAGAGUCAGAGCAGCCAGGAUGCCUCAAGGGGGCCUUCUGAAACUAGCUCAGUGUAGUACAAAGAGAUGGGAUCUGGCUUCUAAGCUCUGUCUUGGCAUUAAGUGUAUGACUUUAAGUUCCCUUGCAAGGGACUCUAGGAUGAGGUGACCUCCCCCUGCAGUGCACUGGUGAACACUCCAUCCUUGCAGGAGCCCCUGCAGCCCCUUUGUCACCAUUUCCUGGGGGAGAACGCUCACUGCUUGAUGAGUCAGUUUCCCCAUCUUCUGGGUGGUUUUCAAUUUAGCUAAAGAAGCUUGGUUUUUAUAAGAUCGCCCUCUUUGAAGGAAGCAUGGUGUGCCGGGGCUGCUGCUGAUACAUACGGCGCUUUUGUACAAGUUUUAGAAGGACGAGGUCUUUGGAAUGAAUUAUGAAAAGGGAACCCUCCCUGUGAACUGACCCAGACCACACUGGGGUACACAGCUUGGUUAGCAGGAUAUAGGCUGGAUUUCAGCCCCUGCUGGCUCCUCAGCCCAGAAGCCUUUGUCAAAUGGGCAAGACGCACAGUCAUCCACAGCCACUUCCCUACGGUUUUACACGUUUGGGAACCACUGGACUAGAUGACCUGUCUGCUUCCUGCGAUCCCCUGACUCAUCAAGGGUCAGCAGAAAGGUGCUGGUGUUUGUGGAAGGAGUGAGGGAGUGAAUUUAACUUGCAUGCAAACUCGCCUAUGGCCAGCAGGGGGCACUGCCGGAUCAGUGCUUCCUUUGCUGUUGUUUUUUAGCCAAAUUUAAUUUGUUCCUCCCUGCCAACUCCCGCAUCUCAGCCCUUACUCCCUCAGCGAUUGUAUCCUGCUCUGCUGCCAAGCAGCCCUGUUGGUGAAGGAAGAAGUGGAGAAUUGGUGUUUACCGUUGUGAGCCCAAAUGCAGGAAAGAAAUCUCAAUGACUGAAGUGGGAGGUCAAUCCAGGAUUAGCCUGAGGGAAGGCCUGCCUGGGGUGAUGUAGAAAGUGCGAAGAGGUCUGGUUUGGGCCAUGACUGGCUAGUGAGGAAGGAGCUGAAAUGUGCACUAGCAAGAGUCUCCAGCUAUGGGAUUCUGAGUGGAAGUGGUGAGCUCUUUGGCUCUCAAGAUGCUGUGCAAGGGACUCCAGGAUGAGGUGACUGGUGACCUUGCAGGAGCCCCUACAGCACUUUUGUCAGCACGUACAGGGGAGACCUCUCAUUGCUGGAUGAAUCAGCCUCUUCCUUUGCUGACCAGCCUGGCUCUCUCUGGAGAGAAGGUGGGACCUCCAAUGAUUAAUCCCACGGGAAGACCCAAAGGGGUAAGCAGACAUCAGUGGUGGGGACUGAUUGUCUAGCUCCCCAGGGGGAAUCCCAGCUGUGAGCAACUGCUUUAUGAAGAAAGUGGAGAGGUGUGCAGGGGAGCUGGAAUGCUUCUGGGGGGCAUCACUCUGGGAAAGGAGUGAUGGGCAAUGUGGAGCCUGUCCUUUGUCCUUCUGAGGACUCAGCCCAGGGUCCGAAUGGCCCAGGUUCUGGGCAGUGUAGGGCAUAGUAGCAGAGUCAGAAAAAUAACCCAGGAGGGAGAACAAAGUGAGAAGACUGAGGUGGCUCUGGAAAUGAGCAACAGUUGGUGUGAGAAGAAGCCUGGGCUCAGCUGGCCCUCUGAGUGCUGGAGCAGCCAGGAGUCUGACUGUGGGGAGGAGGAGUAAGGCUGUGCAGGGGAUGGGGAGUGGAGGGGCGCUGAGGCAGCCCUGCUGACGCUUUAUCAGGGAAUGGGCAAGUGAUAAGGAUGUCCUUGCACAAGGUCAUUCCCAUCCACAGCCAGGCCCCUUCCAGCCAACAGAGGAGGCGUCCGGUCAGAGGACCUGGUUUGGAGCUCUUUCCUCUGCCGAAGCUCUCAGCCCAGCCAGAGAUACUGCGAGACCUGAGGACAGCCUCAAGUAGAUGAAAAGGAAGAGAAGGAGCUCAACCCCAGUCACCCUUGAUCUUGGCUGAACCAUACCAAGGCCUUCUGCCUCGCUCCCUCUGGGGUCAGAAUCACCACUUGGAUGAGCCUCCGGGGCUCUCAGAGCCAGCUGGGAGCCGUGAGAAGCCUGAGAGGCUGGGCACAACCAAGGCUCACUGCUCGGACUUGGCUGAGGGACCAGGGUGGACACGUGCACUUCGAGGACAGCACCAGAUGUCACCUAAUUAAGAAACGCCCCAGGAACUCUGAAGAGGUCCUGCCUCUACGGCCUUGUGAUCACAGGGCUGAUUCUCCCAGGGCUCUCAGGAAACAGGAAGAUAUGAUGUGGAAAGCAACAAGAUAAGGUGCAGUAAAAGCUAUCUAUUUCACUGGAGCACUGUUAAUAGACUUGGACAGCCCUGGGCAAUGAGACACACGAGGGUCCAAAUUCUAUAAUUGAAACCAUAAAUGAGCAUUUCAGGCCUGGAAAAGAGCUUUCAGUGGCUGCAAUAAAAGGCCAGAAGUCCUGGGGGCAGGCUGAGGCAGCUGCCAGACACACCUGAUUGUUUCAAGCGGUGAGGAGGUGUGCUGGGGAGAAGAGUGUUUAUUGUGUCAUCAGGCAAAUUAAAAGUGAACGUGAAAGAGGAGAGCGAAAAAAGCUGGCUUAAAACUCAACAUUCAAAAAACGAAAAUCCGGUCCCAUUCCAAAAACGGUGUCCGGUCCAAUCACUUCAUGGCAAAUAAAUGGGGAAACAAUGGAAACAGUGACAGACUUUAUUUUCCUGGGCUCCAAAAUCACUGCAGAUGGUGACUGCAGCCAUGAAAUAAAAAGAUGUUGGCUCCUUGGAAGAAAAGCUAUGACCAACCUAGACAGCAUAUUAAAAAGCAGAGACAUUACUUGGCCAACAAAGGUCCAUCUAGUCAAAGCUAUGGUUUUUCCAGUGGUCAUGUAUGGAUGUGAGAGUUGGACCAUAAAGAAAGCUGAGUGCCGAAGGAUUGAUGCUUUUGAACUGUGGUGUUGGAGAAGACUCUUGAGAGUCCCUUGGACUGCAAGGAGUUCAAACCAGUCAAUCCUAAAGGAAAUCAGUCCUGAAUAUUCAUUGAAAGGACUGAUACUGAAGCUAAAACUCCAAUACUUUGACCACCUGCUGGGAAGAGAUGAUUCAUUGAAAAAGACCCUGAUGCUGGGAAAGAUUGAAGGCAGGAGGAGAAGGGGACAACAGAGGAUGAGAUGGUUGGAUGGCGUCACCGACUCGAUGGACGUGAAUUUGAGCAAGCUCUGGGAGUCGGUGAUGGACAAGGAAGCCUGGUGUGCUGCAGCCCAUGGGGUCGCAAAGAGUCAGACAUGACUGAGCAAUUGAACUGAACUGAGGUAAAUUAAAAAGCCAUACAAGCACCAGAGCUCCUGGCCCAGCCAGGGACUGCAGCGAUGGAGCAGAGAGAACAUAGCUUCUAACCAAAAUCAUGGCACUCCUGCAGAACAUGUUCCAGGAAAUACUUACCAACCAAGCUCCAGACCCAGUGGAAACUGCCAGUUAGUAAAACAGAAGCCCUGUAACUACGCACUGAGACUUCCAAGGUCACUGCAAAACAGUCCUCUCUGCUUUCUGAGAACCCAGUCAGAGCGAUGGGGAUGUAGCAGAAGAUGCCAGAGGAAGUUGAAAAAUCAGGAAGAACUCUAAAUCCAAGGUGGAUUCCUCAUUAUGGUGAUAUUCAACUGGUGUGCACCAGUCCAGACUAACUGGUGCUUAUAAUACUGAAAUGCCUCCAUAACAGUUAUAAAUAGCAUUGUCCUGAGCCCCUGAGUGCCCCCUCCCCAUUGUCUCAGCUGCCCUGGCCCCUCUAUCUUCUUAUGUUUCAGCAAAAAGGGGCUGUGAGAGUCUGUGCCAGCAUGAUGGAUGGCCGGUCUCCACUCUGCUGGUCUCCCGACUCUGCUGGCUUAGAGAGGUAAAGUGGGUUGUCCAAAGUCACACAUCUGGGAAGUGGCAGCAGGAGAACUCGAGCUCAUGUCUGUCUGAUGCUGGGAAUCAGGCUCUUAACUCUUCUGCCAAAUGGCCCAUCCACAUGCAUAGAUGUGACACUUCCUAACACCGGACAGUCUGUUGAACAUAUUGACUCCCUGCCUGGCAAAAUGCCACAAUAGACUUGAGUGGGUACAUCUUUGUUGCAGCUUCCUAAACAGCAAAGAAGAAUUUAAGCUAGAAUCAAACACUUGCAGACCUUCUGAAGCACCUCUAGACACCCCCACGUUCUGUAGAACUCCGUAUGUUUGGGCUGAUGCUGGGUUUGGCAAACUGCGGCACCUUGGGCCACAUCUAGCCCACCACCUGUUUUUCUUUUUCAUGAUUUUCUUUUUUUAUUUUUGGCUGUGCCAGGUCUUCGCUGCUGCGUGGGCUUUUCUCGAGUUGCGGCAAGCAGGGGCUACUCUUUAGCUGUGGUGUGCGGACUUCUCCUUGUAGUGGCUUCUCUUGCUGCGGAGCAGAGGCUCUAGGGCGUGUGCAGGCUUCAGUAGUUGCAGCACGUGGGCUUAGUAGCUGUGGCUCCAGGCUCUAGGGGGGCCUUUGGCAAGUGCCUCAACUUUCCUGGGACUAUUUUCUCCCCUCAGUCGUGUCCGACUCUUUUUUGUCGCCCCAUGGACUGUAACCCGCCAGGAUCCUCUGUCCAUGAGAUUUCCCAGGCAAGAACAGUGGAGUGGGUUGCCAUUUCCUUCUGCACCUACCGUCUGUUUUGGUAAAGAAAUUGCAUUGGAAUAUAGCCAUGCCCAUUUGUCUACAUAUGUCUUCGGCAUUUGAAAUACAGCAAGAGAGUUGAACUGCUUCAACAGAAACCAAGGAGCUGAAAUUUUUCCUCUGGCUCUUUGUGGAAAGAGUUUGCUGACCCCUGGGUUAAGGCAGACAUCCCUGGCCCACUCCUCAGUGGGAGAGACCAGCUUACAUCCACCUAAGCAUUUGGAGGUAGAGGCUGGCUAGGUUGCAGAGGGGACAGCAGGAUUGGGUUCUGUGCCCAUCUGCGGGCAUCAUCAGGGAUUGUAGGCACUGAGAAUCUUGAUGCUAAACACAGUACAUCCUUAGCAUCUGAGGACUGAAGAUUUCAAGGUCUUUUUUCAAGUGACAUGGCGCACUGUAAUUUGGAAUUUUGAUCCACACAUAUGAUUUGAGUGCUGGGUGAGGGGCAGGGAACGGGACCCCUGGCUAAAGCUGAGCCCAGCUGGCUAGCUCGUAUCUGCUCAGCACAGCUGUGUGGUUCUCAGCUCAUGAUUGCCCCUGAGGAGUCUCUUGAGAAGUGAGAAGUGCUGGUAGAUAGAUGGGCCUUAGGUAAAUAUUAGUUUGGGAUAAAGUGAAGUGUCCCCUGUUGACUUAAGGACCCGGAUCUAAUAAGUCAUCCACAUGCUGUCUGUGGAAGCAAGAACUAGCUCUUCACAAAGAGGAUUCCAGGGAGAAUUUCAGCUGGCUCAGAAGUUACUGAUCACGUAAGAUAAAACUCAGGUGAAAGCUGGAAUGACAGUUUUCUUGUGGUUGUCAGAGAGUGACAGACAUAUAUACCCUCAUGCUGGAAUUGUGGAUCAGGAGAAAUCUGGAGAUUUAGGGAAUGGCAAGUGUAGAAGUGGUCUUACUUUACUGCCGUGACUGCUGGCACUGUUCCAUAGUAGAAGGAUACCCCUCAUUUUUAAGCGCAGACCUGGCUUCAGAAUCCUUCUCAACCCAGCAUUCUAGGGAGCCACCACUGGUGGGCUGGAGUUGACACGAAAGAUGAAAACCCUGUUUUGCCAUCCCUAUUGGUGGUGGAUAUUGCUCUUCAGGGGGGCGUGCAAGGCCCUGAAUGUUCGUUCUCUGAUGCUGUGCUGCAACUCUGAGGAUGCCAGGGUCUCCCUUGACUAGCGGAGAGGAGGGAGGGAGGGAGAGGACGGAGAAUGGCAUCCUGGGUUGGCGGCUUCCUUAGAAGGGGUGCCUGAGGACUUCCUUAGUGGUCCAGUGGUUAAGAAUCUGCCUGCCAAUGAAGGGGACACAGGUUCGAUCCUUGGUCUGGGAAGAUUCCACAUGCUGUGGGUCAGCUAAGCCCAUGAGCCACAACUAUGGAGCCUGUGCUCCAAAGCCUGCGGGCUGCAACUACUGAGCUUCCAUGCCCUAGGGCCUGUGCUCGGCCACAAGAGGAGCCACCGCGAUGAGAAGCUGGUGCAUCACAGAGAGUACCCCCACUCUCCACAACUAGAGAAGACCUGUUGCAGCCAAAAUGGAAAUAAAAUAAUUUUUAAAAAAUAGAAGAAGAGGUGCCUGAGAAGCAGUGUCUCGGGUUUCACCGUCUUCAAGCAAAGUACAAAUGCCCUUCCUACCAGUAGGGGCCACUGCAGGCCAACACGCUGCGGCUGGCUGUAGUUUGUGGUUUUCUUCGCUUUUCUCCCCUUCCGGGUUAUUUGGUGCUGUGCUGGACUCCUGCACGUAGCUUUGUCAGAAAGGACUUUGGGUGCUUUGAAGAUGUUUGUUAAACAUACCUUUGUGAUGAGCUGCUCUUACCAACAAUCACUGUGAUGGUGUGUAUGCACACACUCAUGAAUAUGUGCAACACGGCAAAAACUGCACUUGUGCAUGCUCUUUGUACAUGUUGUGGUUUUGUGGGUGUGUAUAAUGGUUUUGUGGGUGUGUAUAAUGGGGCAGAUAACUCUGCUAAUGACUGAACUUGUGUGUGUGUGUGUGUGUGUGUGUGUGUGUGUGUGUGUGUGUGUACAAGAUGGUUAUCUCUGUUAACCAAGGGUCCUGGAUAUACUGAUGGCCAGCCCUGCUUCCUGGGACUAGUCCUGGCUCUUUCUGUCAUCUCAUGGGCCUUUGCACAAGUGCAGCGUGGGGCUCUCUGAGGCCAGGCCCCUUAUCUAUCUCUCCAGCUUCUAGCCUCUGGCCAACGAGGUCUUGGUUCCUCACCCUCUGCCUCCCACCCUUCAUCCCUGCAGCCUUGGAAACAAAGUGGUAGAAUCACUUCUGAUUGCACCUGCCUCACCAUCUACAUUUAUUUCUUCCCUUCCCUUGACAGUCCCAAGGCCAACAUGUACAGUUGGGCAGAUUGUGCACUGCACAAAUGCAGAUGGAGCCAUUCACACUGUGAGUGAUACCUCCUAGGCAUCUAUAAAAGCUGCUAACAGUACCCAGCUCCCCCAGUCAUCUCAUGGCCAUAGCUAGGAAAGCUGCCUUCUUCCCUGCCCUCCUGGUCCAGCCUGGCCUAGACUGGGAUUGUCCUCCACUUGGGUGUUCUGGUCUGAUCCAGAAGGAACUUACCCUUGGCCUCGAUCAGGAAGUAUCUGAUGGGUCAUUCCCCAAGAGAGCUUUGGAUUCAGUUUAUGAAAAUGAAAUACGGCUGGCAACUUUUCGGUCACAAACCAAAACUCUGCAGACAGGGACCCUGACUUCCACACUCCUGGCCUGCAGGUGAAUACAUCUUCAUGGGCCAACUGUUAAGAUGGGUCUGCUAUGGAAUUAGGGUAGAAGCCUCAAGUCUGGGUGUGUAGCUGCAUCAGAUAGAAAAUGAUGAGGUCACCAUAGACUGGACGUCUGGGCCAGGCCACAGACUCUGAUGCCUCCAAGGGCCAGGCAGAAGACAUGAAUGAGCAAGAGGAUUAGGCAAGGACUGUAGCAAAAUGGGGAACACAGAUACUGUCGUCUGACACGGUUGCUUCUGUAUGGGAAUGUGGGCUGCUGUUGCCAAAUAUUCCUCCCCAUUUUCCAAGAGAAGCUGGAAAUUUGGACUUCUAAAUGUUGGCAGCUAUUAUGAAUUUAGAAAACACUGUGUGUGCCAAAUAAAACACAUCUUACAGGCCAAAUCCGGCCUUUGAGUUUCCAGUUUGCACCCUCUGACCCAGGCUUGGUGAAUUGGGUUUUUCAGAAACGAGUAAUUAAGAGUAUGAAGAUAGAAUACUCAGACUCACAGAGCUUUGGAUCUUUAUGAGACCCUGGGGAUAACCUGGUUCAUACCUUUGUGUGUUUUAAACUGUGUACAUAUAAACUCCUUUAUUAACAGUAUACAUAUCUCUGGACUUCCCAGGUGGCGCUAGUGGUAAAGAACCCACCUGCCUAAUGCAGAAGACUUAAAAGACUCAGGUUUCAUUCUGGGUCAGGAAGAUCCCGUGGAAGAGGGCAUGGCACACCACUCCAGUAUUCUUGCCUGGAGAAUCUCAUGGACAGAGGAACCUGGCAGGCUCCACUCCAUAGGGUCACACAGAGUUGGACACAACUAAAGCGACUUAGCUCGCACACACACGUAUCCUUACGUUCUAGUAGAGGUGUUAGUCAUCCAGUCAUGUCCAACUCUGCGACCCUAUGGACUGUAGCCUGCUUGGUUCCUCUGUCCAUGGAAUUCACCAGGCAAGAGUACUGGAAUGGAUUGCUAUUUCCUAAUCCAGGGGAUCUUCCCCACACAAGGAUCGAACCCAGGUCUCCUGCAUUGCAGGCAAGUUCUUCACCAUUUGAGCCACCAGGGAAGCCCAUAUCCUUAAGUUCUAAUUUCUAAUUACAAACAUCUUGGUACCCCCAGUUUAGAAGAAGAUUUUAAAUGAAACCUCUACCCAUAGUGGGCUUGGGUCUACCUGUCAGAAGCCCUAUUUUAUACCAUUUGUUUUAUGAUGAUAGGUCUACUUCAGUCUUUUGCAAACAUGGGCUGCCCUGGCCUUCCUUAUAACCUGGCUUCUCUCGUUUGCUUUCCAUGGUAGACCUGUAAGUGCCUCCUUAAACAGGUGGAGCCUGUGUUUCUUCAUCUGUGGGACUUCCCUUGCCUGGGGGCGAGACCGCUCCCACUCUUCCCAGCAUGACCCCUCCAUGGUCUGCCCUCAGCCCUCCGCAGGCCCUGGCCCUGCCUGGCUCUGUAGCAUUUACCCAGUCAUGCAAGAAAGGGCGCUACGUGCUUGUUGGCGUGGGUUCCUCUCACUGUUCAUGCUUGUCCUACUCCUAGUGUUACAAUCUGGCCUUCUGCUUCUUAAAAGCCAUUCAAAUA